CAACAACCGUAGAGUGUCUCUGGGCUCGAGUCCCAGUACACCCCCGGCGCAGCCGUUCGCACUGGCCGCCGCCGCGUCGAUGACGCAAACCCCGAGCAUGCAUCUCCUUGAGAGCAGCGGCGGCAACAAUCUCGCGGAGGCUAUGGCCGCUCAGCAACAACAACAACACCACCACCACCACCACCACCAUCACCAGCAGCAGCAUCAACAACAACAACACCAGCAUCACAACAACAGCUCGAGCCAGAAGCAAAAGCACAACGCGAGCCCGACAAACAACAAUACGAUAGAGGUGUGGAGGUCGAUGCAGGGGGGAGCCGGGCACCAGUGGUGGACCCCGGCAGCCCUGGGCCACCAGCCCGAGCAGGCCCAGCAGAUCGUGUUGUCGAGCGUCGCGGGUCAGACGGCCGCCCAGACUCUCUGCCAGCAGAAACAACAACAACAACAACAACAGAGCUCGAGCGUCCAGCAGCAGCAGCAGUCGGAGGUAAUAGACCAGCCUCUCGACUUCUCCGUCGGCUCGCUUCAUCAGCAAGUGCCGAAGAUCCAGCAGCCGAGGCCGAAAACCGUGCAGGACAAGCUGCAGGCCAGGAGACGGCACGACAAUAACAACGGCACCGACGCCCUGCCCAAGAUGGCCAAGGUGCCCCGCAGGAGCUACAGCCCCAGCGAGGGUAGCGACAGCGCCAGCGAGGACGAGGGAGUCUCCACCGGGGGCAGUCCCAGCGCUACCCUCCGCGCACUCGAGAACGAUUCCUGCGAGCCGAUGACGGAUCGACAUUAUGGUAAACUAUGGCUCAGCGAGAACGAAGUCACGUGGCGAAGCGAACAGAGCUUGAAGCGCUGCUCGCCCCUGAACGCGUGCACGACGGCGAUGACGAUGGGAACAACGACGCCGGCGACAACGAUGCCAAUGACGACGACGACAGGUGUCUUGGCGCACCCUCGCCUAUCGCCACCCGUACAAGUAGCCCCCACGAGUACUCCCGACCUCAAGAGUCCCUCGGGCCUUCAGAUCAAGCACCUCCGCGUUUCACCCGCUAACGAUACGCUCAAACGGGAAAAGGACCAUCCGCCGUCCCCGGAAUCGAUGCACGAUGCCGAUUUACAAGCCGAAGUGGACGCUGCCGAUCUCAGCGGCGACGAUCGGAGUAUCGCGAGCGACGUGCAAGACGUCCACGACGUUCACCUGGAUGACAACUCGAUCGACUCGGAUCGGGAGGCCCUCAACCUGGUGACGGAUGUCUCGCAGCGCAACAGCAGCAGCGGGACGAGCGGGAGCGCUUCGUCGCCGAGCUCCGGGGUGAGCAGCCAGCUGACCGGCAGCCACCACGCCGGCAACCUCAGCAGCCCCAGCAACCUGGCCGCCCAGCUCGUCGGCCAGCAGUUGCUCAUGCACGGCGGCCUCGCCGGCAACCUGAGCCCCCAGGAGAUACAAGCGCUCACCUCGACGAUCCAGCAGCACCACCAGACCCUCACGCAGCAGCUCCAGCUGGCGAUGCUCCAGGCUAAUCCAGCCGCCGCCGGACAGCUGCCCCCGCAGGCACACCUACUCUUCCAGAACCAGAUGAGCGUACACCAGGCGGUAGCUCAGGCAGCCAUGCACGCCAUACAGCAACAAAAACAGCAACAACAGCAGCAACAUCAACAACAGCAGCAGCAGCAGCAACAACAGCAGAGUAGUGGAGGUGGUGGUCUCGUGGUCCGAAACUUGGCGCAACAGCAGCAACAACAUCAACAGCAGCAGCAACAGCGCUCGCCACCACCUCCAGGAACACCACCGGCGGUCAAGCCAUCGCCGGCUCGGCUCGAGCCCUCACCCGAGGAGACGACCGAUCUCGAGGAGCUCGAGCAGUUCGCCAAGACGUUCAAGCAGCGCAGGAUCAAGCUUGGCUUCACGCAGGGCGACGUUGGUCUGGCCAUGGGCAAGCUUUACGGCAACGACUUCUCACAGACAACCAUCUCCAGGUUCGAAGCUUUAAACCUGUCAUUCAAGAAUAUGUGCAAGCUGAAGCCGUUGCUGCAAAAGUGGCUGGAGGAUGCGGACAAUUCGCUGAACAACCCAAACUCGCUGUCGAACCCAAUGACGACGCCCGAGGCAAUCGGCAGGCGGAGAAAGAAACGCACCUCGAUCGAGACGACGGUGCGCAUCGCCCUGGAAAAGGCGUUUGGCGACAACCCAAAGCCUACCUCCGAGGAAAUAAGCGCCCUCGCCGACAGCCUCAGCAUGGAGAAGGAAGUUGUCAGGGUCUGGUUCUGUAACAGGCGGCAGAAAGAGAAGCGAAUCAACCCUCCAGCGGCCGUGGGCAGUCCGACGAUGGCCUCGCCAGCCCCGGCCUCCAUGUACGCGUCGCUCGCGAGCUCGAUGUCCAACAGCCCCUUGGCCCUGACGACGCAGCAGCACUCGUCGCCCCCGAGUCUCGGGCAGCAUCCACACGCGACGCCCUUGGGCUCGCCCCUGCCCCUGGCUCUGGUCAGCGGUUACGGGCACCACAGCGCCAAAUCCUCGGUGCACGAGUGACACAGUGGUACCACCAAAGCCGAGCAGCAGCAGCAGCACGCUCUCUACAAUGCGCUCCCUCCAGCGCAACAACAGCAGUAUUCUCCCCAACUUGCGAUGCACCAGCCACGACGAUUGUGCAAUCUGCCGGACUUUUAUCACUGAUGAUCCAGUUGGUGCGGUUGUUGCUCACGUUCGCCGGGUCUUUCGUGCCAGUGCGUUGGCAUAAUAUGCAUGAUGAUAUAGUUACAUGCACACACGGUGUGCGGGCUGGUGCUGUGAAUGCAACAGAAGAGACGAUUUUAGUUUGCACGAGCAAUGAAUUUCUUUUCUCUCUUUUUUUUUUUUUUUUUCCACUCUUUAAAUUAGGAGCGUUUCGUUGAGCUUUCGAGUGCGUUUUACUGUUCUUUUGUCAUUGUAUCAUAGUGUGGAUUUCCAACAACGCGAUUGUAUAACAGGAAAACUGACAGUACUAACUGUUUUUUUUGUUUUUGUUUUUUUUUUUCCGAGUGGUUCGACAUUAUACAGUAUAACGACACACAUCUUUAUUUUUAUGUUUUCGUGUAAAUAGUGUAGAAAUAUGAGUUGAGCUGACACUCUCUUUUCGUUCCGCUCGGCGUGUACGAUAUCUGUAAUUUUUAUUUAUUUCAUUGUAUUAUUGUCGUUAUCGGCCUUCGAACAUUUAAACGUUCGAGAGUACAGGUGAGACGGUCGAACACCAAAAAUUUGUUCGCUAUACGUACUACUUUAAAUGUUUGGGGAUUUCGUCGCUGCUUUUUUUCUUAUUUGUUUUUUAUCAUCAAAGUAUUAAAUUGACCACGAAUAAAAAAAAAACACACGUAAUUCAUGGGGAACUCGCUUUGCGUUUAUUUAUGAAUUGUACCGAUGUUUUGUAUCAUUGUAUGAUAACAUGGUUGAAGGGAAAAAUAAAAGAGAUCCGCCAAGCGAGACGAAGGUUCGAAACGACACUCGCCGUUUUGUUUUCUACGUUCGUCUCGG